AUGAAAUCGUUCUCCUUGCCAAGCCGCGUCAGUGCCACUCGCUCACGGGCCAGGUUUCCCAGCAAUGUCACUGCUAUUCACCCAUUGCGCAGGGCUCUAAGUCUAUGGCAUCCCCCAAAGUUUGAAAAUGAGAAGCUGCUUGACUACCGGAAAAACUCCCCAGAAAGAGCCGAGCUCACAGCAUCCUUGAGGAAGCUGAAAGGGCAGCUGCCAGUGGAUGUUCCUAUCAAGAUAAACGGUGUCAAUGUCGAGACACACCAAUCCCGCAAGCAGAAAAAUCCUUCAAAGCAUGACGAGAUUGUAGCAAACUACGCUACAGCGACGCCGCAACAGGCCAACGAAGCAGUAGAUGCAGCACUGAAAGCCAAGCCAGCCUGGGAAGCCAUGCCUUUUGAAGAUCGCGCCGCAAUCUUUCUCCGCGCGUGCGAGUUGAUAUCGGGAAAGUAUCGCUCAGACAUUGUGGCGGCUACGAUGCUGGGACAGGGCAAGAACAUCUGGCAGGCUGAGAUCGACGCCGCCGCCGAAACCGUCGACUUCUUCAAGUACUACAUACAAGAGGCCUGGCAGCUCUAUUCGCAACAACCCAAAGUCCAAUCCGACAGUGACUGGAACAAGCUGGAGUACCGUCCCCUCGAGGGUUUUGUCUAUGCCAUUGCCCCGUUCAACUUCACGGCCCUCGGUGCUACCCUGAUCGGCCCAGCGGCACUGCUCGGAAAUGUAGUCAUCUGGAAGCCGUCCGACUACGCAUUGCAUGCAAGUUGGCUUCUCCAUCAGAUCCUCAUCGAAGCCGGCCUGCCGAAGGAUGUCAUUCAGUUUCUCCCCGGAGACGCGGAGGAGGUAACCAACUCUAUUCUCAAGCGGCCCGAAUUCGGUGCUCUGAGUUAUAUCGGAUCGACCCAAGUCUUCAAGGGCCUGCAAAAGAAGAUCGGCAAUGCCAUCGGCGAUGGAGUCUACAACUCCUACCCCCGCGUGAUCGGCGAAACGGGCGGCAAGAACUGGGGAAUCGUUCAUCCUUCCGCAGACAUCCGAAAUGCUGCUCUGAACACCAUUCGCGCUUCGUUUGAGUACCAGGGGCAGAAGUGCUCAGCAAACUCCAGAGUAUACGUCGCCGAGUCCGCCUGGCCUGAGUUCAAGCAAAUCCUGCAGGAACAAAUCCCGCAGCUAAAGGUCGGCAGUGUCGAGGACUACAGCAAUUUCAUCACGCCGGUCAUCCACGAACAAGCGUUUGACCGGUUGAACAAGGUCAUCGAGGAUGCGAAGCACGAUCCAGAGCUGGAGCUGAUUGUCGGUGGCAAGGCAUCCAAGGACGAGGGCUACUUUGUGCACCCCACCAUCUACCGCACCAGCAAUCCCCGGCAUGACAUCAUGUCUCGCGAGCUCUUUGGUCCGAUCUUGGCCAUCUAUGUGUACCCAGACAGCGAGUGGAAGCAGACGUUGGAGACGCUGAACACCACGUCUCGUUAUGCUCUCACUGGUAGCAUUUUCGCCAAAGAUCCGUACGCUUUGCGCGAGGCCAUGACCGAACUGAAGCAUGCGGCUGGAAUGCUGUACCUUAACACCAAGUGCACUGGUUCCGUUGUGGCUCAACAGCCUUUUGGUGGUAGCAGGGACUCCGGUACGAAUGACAAGACGGGCACGAUGGCUCAUCUGCAGCGCUUCACGAGCGUGAGAACCAUCAAAGAGGAUUUCAAGCCACUAGAAGUAGUGCAGUAUCCUUCGAAUGAGGUGUGA